AUCAUCAGUCAUUCGGCGGCAAACUCAGCGUGAGGCGUUCACGUCGCUCACGGGCUGCUCUGGUGCGCGUUCACGCUCCGGAUUUGGAGAUGUUGGUGCCGUCUCCGUUCUCCUGGUGGCGGAUAGAAAAGUAUUUUGUCUCCUCAAAGGAAUCCAACUGAAAGAACAAAAUGUUUAGAUGAGCGACCAGCCGUAGUCGAGCUCGGACAAUCAGCCGACCCUGAUUGGACUCUUUUCGUAUUGAAACGAGUUGCUGCCUGCAGCCGUCGUGGGAGCUGGAGUCACCAUGGAGACUGUGGUGAUUGUGGCCAUUGGGGUGUUGGCCACCAUUUUCCUGGCCUCCUUCAUUGCCCUGGUGGUGGUGUGCAGACAUCGCUACUGCCACCCUCACGACCUGCUGCACCACUUCGACUCCAAACCCACAGUGGAUCUGAUUGGAGCCAUGGAGACCCAGAGCGAGCCAUCAGAGCUGGAGCUGGAUGAUGUGGUCAUCACCAACCCUCACAUUGAGGCCAUCUUGGAGAAUGAGGACUGGAUAGAGGACGCCUCUGGACUAGUCUCUCACUGCAUCUCUAUCCUAAAGAUCUGCCACACGUUGACUGAAAAGCUGGUUGCCAUGACAAUGGGUUCAGGAGCAAAGGUCAAAGCACCAGCCAGCCUGAGUGAUAUCAUCACUGUGGCCAAACGCAUCAGCCCAAGGGUGGACGACGUGGUCAGAUCGAUGUACCCUCCUCUGGAUCCAAUUCUCCUGGAUGCCAGGGCUACUGCUCUCCUGCUUUCAGUCAGCCACCUGGUGCUGGUCACCCGCAACGCCUGUCACAUGUCCGGCAGUAUGGACUGGAUCGACCAGUCACUGCAUGCGGCCGAAGAUCACAUGGUGGUUUUGCGCGAGGCAGCGCUGGCCUCUGAACCGGAACGAAGCAUACCUGGAGCUGACGCACAGAGAGAACAGGCCAUCUAGAGCAAACACAAAUAGGCCACGUACACAAGCAAACAGCAGGGCAUGAAAAUAUGUCAAUUCUAUCCAUGAGCUGACUUUUUUCUUUUUUUAAAUUCUCAGUUGAUGCUCAACAGGCACGUAUUUUGCCAGACAGUAUUGAAAAGGCACAUUUCCCAUACUCAUCAUCCAGUGAAAAUUACCAAAAAGCGCUAAAGCUGCACAGUAAUAGCUUAAAAGUAGAUGUCACACAUUCGGGCACAGGUGAGUUUUUUUUUUUUAUCUAACCUUGCAGCAGAUUAUUUUAUUGUUGGUCUAUUUAAGGUGUACGCUGCUGCAAGUGAAAGGCCUUUGGAAAUUUCUUCUCAAGAGCAGUAGAACCCAGCAGUGGGCCUAAAUCCAAUCUCCCCGGCACUGCAGAGUCACAUGGAGGCUUAGUCAGCUAAUCCAUUCUGAGGAAAAUAAAACCCAGUUAGCCAGUGAACCCAAAGGGGGCUCCAACUCAGUGGACCAAUGGAAGACCAGCCUGACUUAUUUACAAUUACUGGGGUCAGCAUGACUUCUUGAACAUCCCUCAGAAACAAACUAAUCAACAGUUACUUUGACCAAUUGCUGCAUUGCGUUAUGAUUAACUGAGUCUCUUAACACUGGAGGAUCUCUUCCACUUCCGAGUUUUUAGCCAUGCAAGCAGAAUGUGGAUGAAUUGGCACAAAACUUUGGACAGAUAUUAAUGGUUCCUUGAGGAUGAAUCCUUAUAACCUUGUUGAACUUUCCUCUAGUGGCAUCAGUAGGUCAACAUUUGUGUUUUUUGAGCUUCUCAACAGUUUGGAUUGUCAUGAAAUUUGGCACAUAUUCAUGCACCCCACAAGAUUAAUCAUAAUUACUUAAGAAACAUAUCUGCAAAGCAAAUGACAAUCCUACAGCCCUACACUUUGUGUCUAGUGCUAACUAGCAUGUGUUAGCACGCUAACACACCAGAUUAAGAUGCUGAACAUCAGCAUGUUAGCAUUGUGUUAGCAUGCUAACACAUUGCAUUACAAUGCUAAACAUUAUAUCUCAUGAUCAAUGGCAUAUUAGUGUCAUCACUGUCAGCAUGUUAGCAUACUGAUGUUAACAUUUAACUCAAAGUGCUGAUGUUCCUAACUAGAGCUGCUAGCAUGGCUGUAAAAGUCGUUAUUUCCUUGUACGAAGUCAAUGGUAGACAGGGAGUCAAGAAAAACUUUAAUUCUGUCAAGAAAAUGUUUUUUAAAAAAACUCAAAUCUGGUUGCAAAUUCAGUUGUAGCAGCUGUUUCAAUCUACAUCUGGACAUGAAGAAGAAUAGUACACAAAUAUCAAAGUAGACCAAGAAAUUUUAAGUACAUCACCAUUAGCUGUUAAACAUGUUACUGUCAUUUCUGUCAGAAAUAUUGUGCUUUUCACUCACCUUUGACAGGUACAGAAUGUCUUUAUGUGUUGCCAUGUUGUGAGGAUGUUUUGAAUAGUGUGUUGAUUGAGGUAAAGCAGAAUUAGCGUGUUGUUUUGGGCCAGAGGGAUGUUAUUGGAGCAUGUCUGCCUGCUCUCCCAUGCAUAGCUAAUAGUGAAUAAUAAGGCAUUACCCAAAGCCACAAUGAACACAUGGGCUUAGGCUACAAUACACAUGGCACAAACCUUUGUACACCCAAGGCUGGCAGACAAAUGAACACAUCAGUACAUCAUGACACACGACUGUAAAAUACACAACAGAUUAUGAGUCAAACACACUUAUUUUAAGAUUUUGAUGACAAUCAGUAAGAAAAGAAGCAGAUUUUUGAAUAUGUUAAGUAAAAUAGAGCACAAACUAGCUCUGAGAAUGCAGAGAUGGGUUUUUUUUGAUGGAUCGAUCGAGGAGGAAACAUUUAGAAAGCGGUUAACCUUUUAUUUUUUCUCGUUUACAUUGUUUGUUAGCAUUGAUCUUUUUUUUUUGUAAGCACUCACUUUGUUUUGUCAUCCUUAUCCCACAGUUUGUUACUGAUGUCCUUCCGUCACUCCCACACACCUUUUCCUUUUAUCUUUCAUUGAUUUGUACAGAUAAAAUUAAGUUUCACAGGAAAAUGUUUUCUGUUUUUCCAAACAGUAGCUAUGGAGAAAUUCACGUCUGAUAAAAAGUCCAUACACUCAUACUAAUUUGACAUAAAUAAAAGUGAAUUUCUAUCCUCUUU